CUACCGGGAGGUGAACGGAAGUGAAAGAAAGCAGGCCAUAGUUGUCCUGGUAUCGAAAAAGAACAGCUGUUUCGCAAAGACGGGGCGGAAAAAUAACCCAAGUUUCUUCUCUCCGUAGUUCAACUGAGAAGACCCAAUGGUGUAGAAGUCUUAGUGAAGUCAACAUGGUUUUCAUUCCGAAGCCGUUGAAGCAGCUGCUGGUGCUUUUCGCCUUGUUUCUUCUCGCCGUGUCUCGGGGUGAAGGGAAGACGCAGCUGCCUCGAAGCGUCGCUGCUUCAGAAACGGUAGAAACUUAUGACAAAUACUACAAUUAUGCUAACCUAACGAAGCUUCUACAGUCUUUGGCGCAGAACUAUUCCCACAUCGCGAACCUGUCGAGCAUCGGUCGGUCUGUGGAGGGCAGGGAGCUGUGGGUGAUGCGGAUCACCGUGGAGCCCGACAAAGACACGCCGGGCAAACCUAAAUUUAAGUACGUGGGGAACAUGCACGGAGACGAGACCGUGUCCAGGCAGGUGCUGAUCUACCUGGUGGAGUACCUGCUCAGCAGAUAUGGAGAGGAUGCCCGGAUCACGGAGCUGGUGAACAGCACUGACAUUUACAUCAUGCCCAGUAUGAAUCCAGACGGCUUUGAGAAAGCGGAGGAAGGGAACUGCAACGGAGACUUCAACGGAAGGAAUAAUGGCAACAAUAAGGACCUUAACAGAAGUUUUCCCGAUCAGUUUGACGGAACAACUGUGUCAGCAGAUCAGAUACCAGAGGUCAUGGCGAUGAUCAAAUGGAUCAAAGAGCAAAAAUUUGUUCUGUCAGGGAACAUGCACGGCGGGACUGUGGUCGCCAGCUACCCUUUUGACGACUCUGCCUCCCACCAGAGUGAGGGCCACUACAGCCAGUCAGAGGAUGACACUCUGUUUCGCUACUUGGCCCUGGUGUAUUCCCGUAAUCACCCUGUGAUGAAAACCGGUCAGCCUAACUGUCCUGACACUCCAGAAGAAACCUUCAAAGACGGCAUCACCAACGGAGCAAGCUGGUAUGAUGUUCCAGGAGGAAUGCAGGACUAUAACUACCUCUAUGGGAACUGCCUGGAAGUUACUAUGGAGCUGAGCUGCUGCAAAUAUCCUAAAGCUUCCGAGCUGCACAAGGAAUGGGAUCUGAACAGGGAGUCUCUUCUGGCCUACAUGGAAAAGGUACACAUGGGCGCCCGUGGCUUUGUGAAAGAUGCAGUCAGUGGUGGCGCCCUCAGCAACGUCAGCAUUGUGGUCGCUGGUAUCCGACACAACCUGACCACAGGAAAAUUUGGAGACUUCUACCGCCUUCUGCUCCCGGGAACGUACAACAUCACGGCUGUGGCUCCAGGGUACCUAUCAAUGACAGUCAACGAUGUCCAGAUCAUUGAUGGGAAACCCACUGAGGUUAACUUUACACUACGGCCUUUUGUCAAUGAGGCUGCAGGCAGAACCCCCACAACUACAACAUCGGCUCCAUCCACCAGUCACCUCGUCAUUCCUGCUACAAAGGCCUCCAAUAUCACCCAGACUUCGGCUGUUGCCAGCACCCCUCCGUUCUUUCCACCUGGUCAUGAGCCCAUCCAUCCUAAGUAUUUCCGUCACCACAACUAUGCAGACAUGGAGCUCUUCUUACGCAAAUACAACAGCGAGUUUUCCCCCAUCACCCACCUUUACUCAAUCGGCCGCUCCGUCCAAGACCGAGAGCUGUACGUGAUGGUCAUCUCUGACAACCCGACAGUUCAUGAGCAUGGGGAACCAGAGUUCAAGUAUGUGGGCAACAUGCAUGGAAAUGAGGUGGUGGGAAGAGAGCUGCUGCUCAAUCUCAUCGAAUAUCUGUGUCAUAACUAUGGUACCGACCCUGAGGUCACUCAGCUGGUGAACAACACUCGGAUUCACAUCAUGCCCUCCAUGAACCCUGAUGGCUAUGAGGUCGCUGUGGAAGGUGACAGGACGGGCUACAGAGGCCGCAACAACAGCAACGAUUAUGAUCUGAACCGUAACUUUCCAGACCAGUUCGUCACCAUCACAGAACCCAGGCAGCCAGAGACCAUAGCUGUCAUGAACUGGUUGAAGAGCAUCCCCUUUGUUUUGUCUGCAAACCUCCACGGAGGCUCCCUGGUGGUCAACUACCCCUUCGAUGAUGACAAAGAUGGUCUGAGUCAUUAUAGCAAGUCACCCGAUGACGCUGUUUUCAGGCAGGUGGCCAAAGCAUACUCACAGGAGAAUGCUCUAAUGCACAAAGGACAUCCCUGUGAGGACCUGUACCCUGAGGAACAUUUUGAGGAUGGCAUCGUUAAUGGGGCCAGGUGGUACUCUGUUUCUGGAGGAAUGCAGGACUGGAAUUACAUGAACACAAACUGCUUUGAGGUGACCAUCGAGCUGGGCUGCUUCAAGUACCCUCUGGCUAAGGAGCUGCCAAAAUACUGGGAGCAAAACUGGAGAGCUUUGAUACAGUUCAUACACCAGGUUCACACCGGAAUAAAAGGCACAGUUUCCGAUGACAGAGAUAAGAUGGGAAUUCCCAAUGCCACCAUCAGCGUGGAAGGAAUAGACCACAACGUCACAACAGCUCAUACUGGAGACUACUGGAGACUGUUGGUCCCUGGGACUUAUGCAGUCACCGCCUCUGCUGAUGGGUAUAAACCCGUGACCAUCUACGCUACAGUCUCAAAGGAUCGACCAGAGUUGGUGGACUUCAGACUUAACCGUUUAUACUCGGAGAGUAACAACCACGCAGCCACCACUCCCCAGCUGGUCCAGAGCCCAUCUGACCGGGAGCUCAACAGCCUGAUAAAGGAGCUUUCUGAGGACCAUGGCCUGGAGCAGCUGGUCAAGAGCUCAGCCACAGUGAAUAGCUUCCACUACCGACGUCCCAAAAACCUGGAGGAUUCCUUGAGAGGCCUCCAACUUAACUUCCCCCAUAUUACACAUUUACAGAUGCUUGGCCGUAGUGUAGAUUUCAGAAACAUUUUGGCUCUGAAAAUCUCCAAUAAUCCGAAAGAGGCCGAGCCGUCCAAACCAAAGAUCCGCUUUGUGGCAGGGAUCCACGGCAACGCUCCUGUGGGAACAGAGCUGCUCAUGGAGUUUGCUACCUGCCUCUGCAUCAACUACGGCAAGAACCCCGCCAUCACCAAGCUCAUCAACGAGACCAACAUUUUCAUUGUGCCCUCCAUCAACCCCGACGGACGUGAAGAGGCCACUGAGAAUGACUGCUCAUCUGACCGGGGCCACACCAAUUCUAAGCACAAAGAUCUUGACACAACUUUUUUUGGCAACUCAUCGCAGCAGUUGUCUGAGCCACAGCCUGAAACCGUAGCGAUGAUGAAUUUCAUUCAAAGCAAUGACUUCAGUCUGUCUGUCGCCUUGGAUGGAGGCGCUCUGGUUGUCACCUACCCUUAUAACAAACCUGUUCAAACCGUGAAUAAUGAGGCCAAUUUGAAGUACUUGGCAAUGGUGUAUGCUAAGAAUCAUCCACGGAUGCAUCCUGGAGAUACUUUGUGUUACAACAAUGGGCAAAUGGGAAACGUCCCUGAUGGAGUGAUGAAAGCAGCAGAGCUACAUAGUCACAUGGGGAGCAUGAUGGACUUCAGUAUGGACUUUGGACACUGCCCUGAAAUCACUGUGUAUACUGGCUGCUGUUUGUUCCCGGCUGCUAACCAGCUGAGCGCGCUCUGGGCGGAAAACAAGAAGGCUCUCUUCAGUAUGUUGGUGGAGGUCCAUAAAGGAGUCCGAGGAGUAGUGAAGGACAAAAGUGGGAAACCGAUUGUUGGAGCAACCAUUUUUCUGGACACAACACCAAAGGUCUCCACUUCUGAGGGCGGCUACUUCCACAUCCUGGUCAAACCGGGCAGCUUUGGUAUUGACAUCAUAGCUGAAGGCUAUCAAAGUCAACAUAAAGUGGUAACAGUGAAACCUCAGGAAGCUGCUCCAACCAUCUUCAUAGUAUUGGAACUAGAUAAAAGCAUAUUUGGACUGCAAAGGGAGUUUGUUGUUGCCUGUGCAGCUGCCUCCAUGACAGCGCUGGUGUUGACAGCCUGCAUCAUUUGGUGCGUGUGCUCAGUAAAGUCGGAUCAUCAGAAAGAUGGAUUCCACCGGCUGCGGCAGCACCGUGACGACUAUGACGACGAGGUCCAUCUUAACUCCAUGGGUUCCAAGAAAUCCCUGCUUGCCCACGAGUUUCAGGAUGAAAGCGAAAGUGAUGAAGAGACACUUUAUGCUAACAAAAUCUGAUCAAUCUUGCGUUAAAGUAUUUUUUCGCUUUUAUUUUAAAUCCCUCCAGAGUCAAAUUCUUGACGUCCAAGGAGCUGAAUGAACUCUUGACAUCGCAGCUUCAUCUUUUCUUCUGUGAAUGAGUGCUGUAAACAUUUUCUCUGUUACAUCAUUAAGGUCUAAGCGCUCUGGUAUCCUGCUGGACACAUGCUCAUCUUCAUGAAUGAUUGAGGGAGAGAGCUGGAGGUAGAGGGGUGAAUGAAGAAGUUCUUGUUUCCUGUCCUUGAUUUCUAAAGUUCUCGGCCAUUCCAGGAUGCCUAUCCCGUCCUGCCCAGUUUACAGUUCAAGCCGCCAAGUCCAAACAAACUCUUAUCAAAUGAAUCUAGUUGGAAGUGCUUUAUCACCCCAUGUUUACCUUUAGAAAUGUCUCUUUUCUGAGCAUUAAUGUAAAAAUGCCUCAAAGUAGGAAAUCAAAUUAUAUAUUUUUUAUGUGGUCCAAUGUGGCGUGGUGGCACUGAACUUUCUGAACCUUUGGGACAUUUACAAAUCUGUGCCUUGGCUUCUCCAGAUUUUCCAGUCCAACUAGGCUGUAAUAGAUGAGAACAUAAAUUUAUGAUGGGAAUCGAGCUAUCAUUAGUCAGCUGAUCAGGUCAGAUGAAAAAUUUUGUUCAUAAGUUGUGCAAGAUUAAGACGAUUUACCAGAUUUUUUUCAUUUUGUGUUUUUUCAAAGCCAAGCUUAAAUAAAACCUGGACUGGAAAAUGCACACAGGGGGUUUAAUCCAACUUGAGCGAUUUCAGCACUAAACUGGUUUCACCUUGUUUGCUUGGCACUAAUUCGUAGUAUCCAGCACCUGAGACAUUGUCUCUGGCAGCAAUAAGCCAGCAUUGACUCGGCACCAACUCCCAGUUCUUGGGACACAGCAACCAAACUGUGGUAAUAUCUAUGUUUAAAAAAAUAAGUUUAUUUUUAACUAAUUAAAAAAAAGAUAAAAACAUUGAAUAAAACAUAACCCAAUAAUUCAAAACGGCGGAUUAAGACAAGCUUGCUUUGUUUUCCUAAUUUCCAUUUUAAAUGGAUCGAGGACAAAAGCUGCCAGAUAUCAGGGCAUCCGUUUUCUAUUAAUGGGAUGUGUAUAGUUGAGCUAUCUCCCUGUUCUGCAAUCUUUCACUUGAGUCUGAAAUAAAAAAGCAAGAUCAAGCAUUUGCUGUUUAAGUUAUGUUGCAAGCUGGAUCUGUGGCAAUGGAAAACACGACCGGUCCUUCUGUUGAGCCACUGGAUCCACGUUGGACAAACUCCAAGAGAAGGAACCAUCGCAUAUGACUGCUAGAUUAAGACGCUAUGAAUAUGUAAUGAUUGUAUUUAUUAUGCCCUUUUUUUAUUGAUCGGCCUUUAUGUUUAAUUUCAUUCUCUAGUUAGUUACGGGUGGCCUUGAGCUGUGUCUUUGUUUUGAUUGUAACCAUCUCCAUUUUUCCUUUACAAAGCAAAAUUUUCUUCUGUUUAGUAAUGUUCUUUUUAAUGACUAAAUGUUUUGGUUUUGAUUGGUUUGCCAUUUAAUUGAAACACACAAGGGAGAGUUUUCCAUUUAGGCAAUUAAAAGUGGUUUGGUGAGUGUGUGUGCAAUGGAAGUUUCUCUAAACAAAGGUGAGUCAAAUGGAAAGCUUUAAAAUAGUAAUAUAUUUAUUUUUCCUGGUAUACUUUUUGAUCUCAGAAAUGUAAUCCAAAAUAAUUACAAAUCAAAAUGAUAAAUCACACAAAAAUGUUCUUGAUUUGCUCACAUUUGGUCUAACUACUGUGGAUUGUAAUGAAAUCACUAAAGGCGCAUCAGAACGGGGGGGGGGGUGCAUUGUUUCAAAACAAAACACAUACUUGUUCUCUUUAAAGUCUAUCCUGAUCAUCUAUUUUCACAAGAGAUUAUUUCUUUACGUCUGUGUGGAGAUGCAGUUUUGUCAAUUAUUUCUCCUACGCUAUGUCUGUAAAGCCCCCUCAUGUGUGAUCUUUUGAAAGUGUCACACAGUGUUGGUGUGAAGAUUUGUACAAACAACUGGAACUGUAAAUGGUUGCCAAUGGUCCAUGCAUGUUUACUGUGAAUUCACACGCAGCAGAACAUUUCAACAGAAACUCUGAUCAUACUACCCUAAUGUGCACUAGAACUUCACAAAACUACACAAUAAAAGUUCUGUCUACAAAA